AUGGCGAGUCAGGUGUGGGAAGAGAUUGCAAUGGUCGAAAAAGGCCGAGAAGGAGUGGCAAGUGUCUUAAUCGCAGCGGCGCAUUACUGCGACAGGCGAGGGGGAGGCUGGCGCGAAGUUGAGGACUCAAUGUCGGCGGGCAAUGAACAACGCGCCAAUGUUUCAGAAGGAUCCAAAGGCCGGAAUAUGCAAGCGACACAGUGGAUCGUGAUCGCCAAGCGCGCAAAAGGCAGAUCUCGUCUUCUGAACGCCAAGAAAGGGGGAGGUGGGAUUCCAGAGGAUUACGGAGAGAGAAUGUCAGCGGUCAAGCUGACGUGA